CUACUGCAGUUGUGUGCGGCGUACGUGUGUCAUGCACCGCGCGCUACCAAAACACGCACGUCAUAAACAACCCAAUUUAAGAAAAAAAAAAAAACAAUAAAUGUCACUUUUCAAAAUAAAUUCCCGCGCGAACUAGCAUGUUGAAAAGAGACGGCCGUAUCUCCACGCGACCGCUAUUUCGGUGACGUCGCCGGUGCAUAGUGAAAUAAAAUAAUGAAAAGUAUUCAGUAAUUUCGUUGUGUUUACGCGCGUUGCUAGUUUGUUUGGCUCGGUAUCGCUUUUUUCUCGGCGCUGCACCCGUGGCGCCCUCUGCCGUCCCGUACACCUAGCACACAUGGUUGUAAUUCAUGGAGCUGUCAAAACAAUAACCUCGAUCGGCCCGUGGGAGGAAAACGCGAUGUGCCGAAGUUUUCGGCGCGAUGAAACCGUCGUGGGACCGCGAGCUGGAAAAUUGAAGUAGCGGUGUAAUUUUUUUCGAAACUUAACCUACGACAAACUUCAGUUGCGCGCGAGCUGUCCCCGCACGCGCCUCGCGCUGCAUCCGCAACGAAAAACUACGAAAAACCGCCGAAUGGACCCCGAAGCGGAUCCGAAUCCCGCCGAAAUCGCUUUCCGAACUUUGUGUCGACCUGAACUUUUAAAUUUCGAACGCGAAAAAACCGCGUUCGAAUCUCGCGAGUGAAACUUUUUUGCUCAACUCUGUGAUGUAGACCAACACAGCACACAUAGUGCCUUACGUACAAACUAAUAGAUUAAAUUGUGAUGUCAUAGUGCAAAAUUAAUUAGAAACUAGUUUAAAGUGUAAGUGAACUAUAUUUUUGGAGCAACAUUGCUGAUUAUUUUAAAGUGCUUAUGGACUACUGCAUACACUGUAUAAGGGUUGUCGCACGUGUGCAAUGGCGGAGUGCUCAUUCGCGCGCUGUCAGCAGGAACGCAGAGCUAUACGGAAGGAGUUGCAGCGUUGGACGAAAAAUAUGGUCUAUAUAUUAGGUCUAGAACGGGUGGCAGAGGAGUUGAUGGGUCGCAGAAAAUGGAAACUAUAUCAAGACGGAUUAAUACCAAAGCGCAUAGAGGGCGAACAGUCGAGCGACGAAGACUCCAUCGCUGCCUCCGACCCCCCUCCCGCGCUGAAGAUCAAGACGAUCGAGCAGAUCAACGCCCCGGAGAGACCGGAGAAGUUGGACAAACAGGAGGGAGAGGAGAAACCCCGGCGGCCGGAGACGAUACUGGAGAGUUUGAUAAAGAGGCCCGCCACGCAACCAAAAGUGGAGGUCCAAGAGGAACCAGCAGACUGGAAGCCGGCGGAGAGGUGCUACUUCUGCGUGGACGGGGAGAGGGGUGAGGCGGAAGGGAGGGCAGCGGGCGGCGCGACGAGUCCCGCGUCAGAAUCAGACAGCAGUUCUGUGUCGGGGGCGAAGAGUCCAGCUGGACCACCGCUGCUCCAUCACCUUCUGCAACUACAGAACCAGAAUCCCCAAGCGAUCGCACAGCAGGCGUACACGGAGAUGUGUGUGCAGUUCCAGCAGAUGAUAGCGGCUCUGACGGCGCUGGGGACGGGGCUGAUACCGCCGGCGCUGUCGCAGGCCUGGAUGAUGCAGCGGUUGGCGACGGCAAGACCGCAGACUGAGAGCAGGCUAUCAGAAAGCGACAAGGUAGCAGCCCCCAGCUCGUCCCCUACCGUCGCGGAACAGCCCCUGGAUCUGAGCGCCAAGUCUACGUCCAGCACCAGCGGUACGCCGCCUCCCGACGCCAAGAAUCUGGAUAACGCCAGAUUAAAACGCGCAGUCCUCGAAGGAACCAGUAAUAGCACUACGAGACGAGCGUACACGGAAGAUGAGUUGCAAUCAGCUCUGCGGGAUAUCCAAUCCGGCCGGCUGGGCACCCGCCGAGCCGCUGUCGUCUACGGUAUCCCGCGCUCCACGCUCCGCAACAAGGUCAACAAGUUCGGGCUCAUGUCCGAUACCGGCCAGGAGUCCGACCCGGACAGCGAGCCCGAUAAACCGGAGUCGCCCCCGUCCGUUAUCCUCAAGAUACCGACAUUCCCGCCCCCUGACGAGAAGAGCCCCUCACCGGCAACGCCCGUCACAACGCCGGUCACGCCUAUCACGCCGAUCCUACCGCCGCAGCCGCCGCUCAAUGCAACCUCGCUCUUACUUCCACCAUCGGUCUACGCAGACGCACCCUCCAGUCAGCAUCUCUUUACGUCGCUGAGUGACGUAAUAGCGAAAAGUAUCAGCCAAAAGUUCCAGCAACCUCUCGAUAGACCGCCGCAGGCCUCGGACCUGCAAUUCAUGCGAGCGCCCGACAGGCACGUGUCUGUGAUAAAAACUCCACCCGAUAACCAGAGGAACUACGCGAUGCCAAGUAAUUCCAAGGCGACGCCCAACAACAAUGGGCAGCCCGCGACCGGCGGAAAGGGUACGAGACCCAAACGAGGAAAGUACCGAAACUACGACAGAGACAGUUUGGUGGAGGCCGUGAAAGCGGUGCAGCGAGGCGAGAUGUCGGUACACCGCGCCGGCUCCUACUACGGCGUACCUCACUCCACACUGGAGUACAAGGUGAAGGAGCGGCAUCUCAUGCGACCCAGAAAGAGGGAGCCGAAGCCGCAGCAGGACGUAAAACCGCAGCCACCGAAGCCUCCCCCGAAGCCCCCGACGAAGCCCUUCACGAACGGCCUCAACGGCCCCGAGAGCGGCGGCUACCCGGCCGGGUACCCGUUCUGGCCGGGUGCCGGGUUCGCGCCGCCACCGACGCCCGACCUGUACGCGUCGCACAUGAUGCGACGCCUGCGCGAGGAAGCCCCGCCGCCGGCCAACGGCUCGUUCCUCGAGGGCAUCAUCCGCUCGAGCCUCGAGCGGCCCGGCGCGGCGCUGCUGCAGCGACUGAGCGGCGCGCCCGCGUCCCCGCCGGGCGCGGGCGCGCUGCGGCGGCGCGGCGAGCCCGGCGACGAGCCGGCCGCGCGCCGCCCGCGCCUCGACUCGGACCACCAGCUGGCGGCCGACAUGCGCGAGGCGGUGCAGCGGCUGCGCGCCGACAAGCUGCGGCCGCGCAACGGCACGCCCACGCCGCCGCCCGCGGCGUCGCCGGCGGGGGCGGGCGCGGGGGAGCGCGCCUAGCCUCCGCCGCCCGCUUGUGAUACUGUGCAGUACAUUCCGCGGCGCCGCUCCCCGCGCGCCCGCCGCCCCUCCCCGGGCUCGUGCAUUUACGCGCCCCCGCGAGUAGUCCUCGGUUCCGCUUCCCCGAACGUUCACCGUGACACGAUGUAUCACCAAAUAUCACAAUAGUUACCUAAAGUCACAACCAAUUCAAUAUAACACAGCUUUACUAAUGCAAUAUCACAAUUAAAUAGUGUUUAGACGCCCGUGAUAAGUAGACCGUUCGCAUUCUGUACUCCUUGGGGAUUCAGGGUUAUUCUGGAUUUGUUUCGCCUCCUCGAAUCGUAGUUAUAUUAUUUUGCGCGACUACUCGACUACCCCACGACGAACACGUAGAUGAACGACGUCUCGUUCGACGAAUGUUUGUUUCAUUUCCUCGGGUUAGAAUAACGUCCGGACUCUUAUAAUUUCAUGGUAACGCUGAAUCCACUCCACCACCAGGUUGUCCAAAAUUAAUUUCCUGAAUCCGGAAGCCUCACGUUUUGACCUUGUUUUAAGUAAAAGACAACCAAAAGUUAAUGUUAUGAAAUCAACUAUUUAAAUAUUUUUAAGUAAAUAAAAAACAAUGUAACAAAUUAAUUAUAAAGCUAGCUAUGAGUGUAAAUGUUAUCGAUUUUUAAGUGAAUAAACGCAGAUUUUGUGCGGUGUUUUUAUAAUUAGAUAGGUAAUAUAUUGAAUGAAAUUAUUAGCUAUGGCGGGGUCGGUCACACCAUCUCUUUCUGUCGCGUGGGCUAGAUAUGUGAGAGAUAGGGACAGGCGUAUUUCCGUGGCUUCACGAAGCCUAAAUCGGACUUGUGCAAUUAUUAUUUUGUAAAAAAUAGUAAUUUAAUGUGUGUGUGUGCUGACACGUGGAUUUCCAUAUUACUAAAUGUGAUAUUUAGGUAUUACGAGUGCGGUUUGCGUGACGUGGUGUUUACACCGACGUACAUACAUCUAGUGAACUUAUAUAUUUUAUGUACUAUUAUUGUAUCUUAAGAAAAUAUAUUCUUAUUUUUCAUGGUCCAAGUUUUAAAUGUUUUAUCGACUAUACAAAAAUAUGGAUAAUCAAUAUUAUAUUCUCGUCAACUUUAAAAAUUAUUAGCCCAAAAAAAAAUUCCUCAAAAAAUAUUGACAUCUUCACAUUUGUGACAUUUUUUGGUGUUCAAUCGAAGUAUAUUACGGAGGUACGAAGGUAAAUAAUGUAUACGCUCUCACAGAAUAAAUUUAGGUAAAAUAUUUGGAUAUAAAAAUUAUCAUACGAUUACUUAGUAAGUUACGUGUAAAUGUGCGCCUCAUGAAAAUUUAAGAAGUCUUUGUAUUGUGUAUGUAAUUAAAAUAUACAUAUAUUAUAUACAAGUUAAAGAAAUAAAUAUUGUCGUACAUUUUUCUUCGGAGACCACGAAUGAUGUGAAAAUAGAAACACUAUAGAGUCUGACUUCGACAUUUCGACGUUAAUAUCAUAAUUUCAAGAGGACCCGAAAAUUGUAAUUUAUUAAAAAAAAAAUAAUAAAAAUGUUUAUAUAAUCUGUAAGUAUCGAAAUUCUCAUACAUAUCCAGAGCCGAGAUGUCGAACACUUACUCUACGAAAAUUAAUAAGAAAAAAAAAACAAAAAUUUUUAUAUUCGAAAUUUAAACUAGUCGAUAGCAUGUUUUCACCUUCAUUUCGUUUUCUCUGUGUAUAAUUUUUGAUGUCUUUUUAGCGUUUAAUCCUCAAAAAUCUAUAAUAACUGUUAUAUGCAUUUAUAUUGGUAAAAGACUUGUAAGGAGAAUAUAAAUAAAAGACAUAAGAUUGUCGCGUCGGCGAGGGCCCAGCAGACCGCAUUUCAUGUUUCCAAAUUCAAAUUUUUUAAAUAAUCGAACAACUUUUUUUAAUACGUACACAAAUCUGUGUGUUAUGGCUGACGUUUGUUGAUAGCUUAAAAAAAGUUAUUUUGUGUAAGUUUGUACAGAAAUAAUAGGAUGGGACAAUUUGCAAAGAUAAUUUAGAUGUUAAUAAAACAUUCCGUUUAGAAUGUUACUAGAUUUUUUUUUUUUUAAAUAAUAAUAUAAAUAUUUUUCACAUCGGGAACAAAUCAUUAUGUUGUUUAAUCUUAUUUUGUAACGUUAGUUAAUUUUUAAGUGGCUUUAUUUUUAAAAUAACCCUAUAUAUGAUUAUAAUAUUAUAUUGAGAUGUUAAACAUGUCAUUGUUUUGUGCGAAGUGUUUGGGGUUCGAUUCCCGGUUUAAAAGAGAGUUGCGACUGAUAUGUAGUAGAAAAAUGCCGAGUGGACGCGCUCGGUCGGUCUGUACAAAUUGUAUACGCCACUUUAACAUUUUAAUGUUAUGAACAGUGAUCUCCGCAAAUAUUCAGCUUUUCUACACGAGACAAUUAACGAAUACACGCCAUUUUUAACUUGCAGAGGAAUUUUUGUAUAAUUUAAAUUAAAAAAAAAUAAACAGAUCAUGCCUUUGCCUUCAGACUUUUUUUCCACUGGCAACUCAACUGGUCUUGAGUGUUGCCAUAAUAAUAAAUUAAUCGCUUUUCGAUGAGAUCACUGGUUUAUUAGUGAAUCGUUUUUAUUGUAUAUUGUUCAAUCAUUUUUUCCACAUAGUUUUAAGAAUUUUAGUUAAUAACGUAGUGUAAUUUUGAAUUAAUAGGUAGACGGUAGUAAUUCUUUAAUAUUUUGUUAAUUUUUUUUCGUAUUUGUAAUGAAUUUCUUAAGGGUUAGGUUAAACUUGAACGGUCCUCGACUGCUCUAGGAACAAAAAGACAAUGAAGGGAAAUUGCAUUUUUUUUUAAAUAAAAAAAAAAACAUUCUUUAGGAUUCCGCGAGACGACGUGAUCUAGAGUGCAAUCUAAUCUUAACACGCGUUUCUGAACGAAAGCGUCGCUCAAUAUCGCUUAUGUUCGCUAAUCAAGUGCGAAUAUCUUUAUCAUAACAAUAUAAUAGAGACUGCACAAUCCGUAAUAAUAAAUAAAUAGAAAAAACAAAUACAUAAUAACUAAUAAAAUGCCUGUUGCUAUCAGAAUCUAAGAAUCGCCUUAUUUUUUUUCACAUUUAACGGAUUUUGUAGUCGAAAUAUUCAUAUGGUCGUUAUAUACCUUAAAAGACAUUGCCAGCUCCUAUUUCUAAGCAUUCGUAAACACAUGUUGUUCGUUUGUGUGACUGUAUCUUUGUAUAUAACCGUUUUCCAACUGCAGGCAAAGUGACACGGCACGUGUAACACGCCGCGUAAACUGUGACACGGCGUGGCACCGUGUCCCUUGUGCCUCCGGUCGUAGAGCGGAGGAUGAUCUUAAUGUAAGCUUCACCUAAUUGUUUUCCUUCUAUAUCUAUAUGUAUGUCUAGAAGAUUAAUUUUAAACGAAAAAAAAAUAAUUAUUGUACUUUUUUAACAAUAAUUCCUUAUUACAUUAGAAUUACGGAACGGACGGGAGAUUUUGUUUUAAACAAAGCUAGAAGCAGUUCUCGGACGUGGAUUGCCACGUUAAAAAAUAUGUACAACACAAAGCAUUUAAUUUUAGACAUAUUAAAUAUAAUGUUAUCUUUAUUGAAAAUGAUAGUGUUAUUCGAAAUAUUUUCAUGGUGUAUUUAUUUGUGAAAGAUUAACGCUUACGAAAUUCACAUCACAUACUGGGGAACAUUGCUUUUAUGAAUGUUGUCAGCGUAAAAAUGAAAUAUUUUUUAUUUGUGAUCGGAUAAGAAAAUUAUAAUGAUUUAGGUAAUGGACCAAUGUAUAAGAUAGACACUGUUAUUUCCUAAAUAAUCAAUUGAACAGCUCAUGUUUUUUUUUUGAUAUUAUAUUAACUGAAAGGAGCUAACGAGAUCAAAUUAUAAUAUUGUUAUUUAAUUAUUGAGUACAAGUUUAAUGGAAUAUUUUUUUUUCAAUAUACAUUACUCGCCUCUUUAAUUUUUUUUUUUUUUGUUAUUUUGUUCCUUUAGUUUUUAUUGAUAUUGUUUAGUUUACAGAUUGAUGGAUUCGUUAAUUUAAGCGACUCAAUAAUUAUUUUUUUUAUUAUAGACGUAUAUUAUUCACUUCCUCAGUAGUAAAGUGAUGUUUUUACACUAUUUCUACAUUGACUCACACCUGUUGCGGAAAAUUGAAAAAAAAAAAGUAAAGUUUGGCGGUAAAAGUGAUUGGCACAACACUAUUGUAUUGAAUCUAGUCAAAUUUUUAGAUGAGAAAAAAAUAAUUGGAAAGCUAAGCUUACGGCGAUUCGACUGACAUUUUUGUAAAAAAGAUUUAACGUCCAAAAAACGUCGCUUGGCGACAUAAAAAGUUGAUUUGAAAUUGUGGAAUUGUACACGUGUAUGUUUGUAACUGUUUCUUACGUAUAACUAAUAUAAUGUUACGUAGCAUCAUUUGAAGUGGAAAUUUUUUUUUUUCAUAUUAUGUAAUGACCUUUUAUCUAUAAGAUCUUUAUAUCUUACGUUAUCUUAAUGAAGUGGCUGAUUAGGCAGGUGUAAGAAUAUGCAAGGGUAUUUAAAACCUGUAUACAAUAAAUUUCUUUCAUUUGUUGAAA